CUAAGGAAGGCGGUUAAUUUCAUACAAGGGCUCGGAGAUCAUGGUAGAGAGAGAAGCGCGCAUUCAAAAAUAAAUACGCUUUAUUUUCAUUCAUUAAGAAGAACGACCUUGAGAAAGCGGAUAAAAGGAAAUAGAAAGUUAGAAGAACUGGCUGUGGGUAAUUGUUGUCAGUAUCGAUGUUGGAUCUGGACGAAAUAAAAAGAAGAGUUACAGUAAGAGGAGAUUGGAUCCAUGGAUACGGCAAAGGUCGCGACAGCUGCUAGACCGCCGGCAGGUAGAAUGAAGGGUCGAGCUCCACUUCCACCACCUCAGCCAGCUCCACGCAGGUUCCUCACUGCUACCCAAAAUUAUAAAGUUAAACACAAUGAUCAGAAUCCUGGAGACGUGAAAGAAAAUGUGUUGCCUGGAACAAUGGACAUACUGGUUUUCUUACCAAAUGGUGCACAAAAAACAGUUGAAGUGAGUGAAAGUAAAGCAGUGAUGGAUCUCCUGAUUGAUUUGUGCAGCCAAUAUCAUUUAAAUCCAACCCAUCAUACUCUUGAACUGCAAUCUAAAGAGACACACAAACCAUUAGGCUUCAAGCCAAACACUCCAGUAGGAGUUUUGGAUAUAGACAAAGUGCUCAUAAAGCAGAAAGUUAUUGAGGAGAAGCCAAGGAGACCCCCACCUGUAGUGCCUGAAAAAACUGUGAGGUUGGUGGUAAAUUUCCACAAGACACAAAAAACUGUGGUGCGAGUCAAUCCUCUUGCACCUCUGCGAGAUCUGCUGCCAGUUAUAUGUGAAAAGUGUGACUUCAAUUCAGAUCACCUUGUGCUCCUGAAAGACAACAUCAGAAGGGAAAAGGUGGAUCUUUCAAAAUCAUUGAGUGAUUUGGAAACCCGAGAAUUGUAUGCUCUGGAUACCAGCAGAGAGUUGAGUCAAAGUGCUUUAACUAUCACUGACAUGAAUGAAAAGGAGGAAAAAGGGCUAUUGGGCUUCUUCAAGCUUGGCAAAAAGAAAACAAAGGGCUAUUCAACAGCUCCAUCCACACCAACUGUUAAUACACGAUCAACCAAUUUGAACCCAUCACUUUCUGCAAGCAACAUAUUGAGAAUGUCUCAGAUGACAGACAUAAAGAAACGCAGAGCGCCACCUCCACCAUCAGUCCCGCCAGAACAGAGCAGCAUAAAGAUUGUGGAUCAGAGUGUGCAAGAGAUUGGUGCAGAAUCCCUAAAUUCUACACAGAAAAAACGACGUGCUCCACCCCCACCAUGUCGUAUGCCAAAUAAAUUAGAUGGAACAGAUUUUGAGAGGAGCAAUACUUUUGCGGGGCUAGGAUCAGAACAAGGUAGUGGAGUUGAUGAUGAUAUAAUGGAAAUAGAACCUGAAGAUAGGGAAGAGACUGCAUCAGUAAAAAGUAGUGACAGUUUUCACCGAAGUUUAUCAGAAUACACUCCAACAUCAGAGGAUGAACUGUUGAAUGCUGAUGACUCUGGGACUGUAAACUCCCAAUCUGAUAUACCCUCACCAGUUUCCCUCACUGGCAGCCUUAGUUUGAGAAACAAAAUUGGUACUAAAGAGAUCCCAAGUGCCUUGAAUAAGGUAAGUGGCACAGAAGAAUAUUCAACAUGGAGUAGUGAUCAGUCUUCUGAAGAUGAAUCAAAUUCUGCUGGGAACUACAGUAUCAGCAUUGGAUCUAACUGGAAGGAGGAAGAUGAAAUCUCCAUUGAAGCCCAGACACAUCUAACCUUGGCAAGAUUAAAUACGGAACUGACAGCUGGACAAGAAUUGGCCUUCAAAAAAUCUUCCACAAUGUCUGACAGAAUCAUUGAUGACCAGGAAACUGUUCCAGUGACGAUCAUUGAUGAAGUAUCAUUGACUUGCCACGAGGAAAUUGAAGAAAAGAUAUUACUGGAAAAAGUACCCAAGCCUGCAGAAGUAAAAGAAGUUCAUGAUACAGAUGGGAGUCGGCAAACAAACUCAAAAACUGGAACUUUCGUAACCAAUAUUCAUGAGCAGUCACGAUCUGAUGUUUCAUUUGACACAUUCUAUCCCACAAGUAUUGUCAGCUGUACCAUUAAAAAAUCAACAGAAGGUUUACAAGAAGAGAGUUAUGAUGUUCAAGAUCAGAUAAAGUCGAGAGAUAACAAAUCUGAAAUGAUUUUGUCUGCAACUGAACUGAAGUAUGAUAUGCAGGUUAGAGGGAAUGGUAGGAAAGAAGUGCACAAGGUUGCACCUGUGGAGAUUGACCCAGUAACACGAGAAGCUAAAAACUGUGUGGAAAUACUGAAGAAUGUCCAAGCAGAAUAUCUGACGCAAGAUGAGAAUUGUUCAGCUGCAAACUGUGCUCCGGAACACAAACAUUCAUCAGACAGGUGGCUAAACACUGUCAAUAAAGUUACCAAUGAAUAUGUUCCAAAAGUAGGCAUGAGAACAUUCACAGUUAUUCCGCCAAAACCAGUUGUAAAACCUAAGGGAAGAGAAGGGUUGUCACUAACCACAGGCGCUAUCAAGAUUGAUGAUCUGGGCAAUUUAAUACAUACAGAGAUCAGGGAAACAAAAAACAAAAAGACUACAGCAAACAUUGGAGCCAGUGACAAAGAAUCACUUUUAGGAAAAGCAAAGGCAUUCUGGAAUGUGAAAAGCGUGGAUAAGAAUAAUCUGCAGUGUGCCAACCCAGCUUCAACUAUGGCAAUAAAUACAACUGUUUGCACAGCUGGUAGAUUGCAACUACAAGAGCCAGCAAAGCAGUUGACAAAUAUAUCCCCCAAAUUUGAAGCAGUUAUUGUGCAGACUACAGCUGUAAGUAGUAAGUCACUUAAAACUGACUCACAAUCCACUGAAGAAAAGUCAUUUGCGUCAGUUAUGCCAUCGAAGGUAAAAAUUGCAAACAUACCAGAAAAUACCCAUCCCAAAGCAGAGAGUAAUUUUAUCAAGCCCUGCAGAAGAACAUCAAGCCAAUAUGUUGCCUCAGCAAUUUACCGCUACACAGGCAUACCGUCAACAAAAACUGGAGCUGGGAAUGAAUCUAAUGCUCAGAGUAAUACUGGAUUUAAGAGUAAAUUUGAGGAUAAACAUAAAUUCAGACCUGCUGAGGAGAAGUCUUCUGUUAAGCCCUUGCAAAAAAAUUGCAUAAGAAGCCAACCGAAUGCAGAGUUUGCACUCUAUUCCAACUGCAGCACAGAAGAUGUUGGAAAAUUGAUCAAACAUAAAGAAGAUAAAUCUGUUCCAAAUCAGAAUUGGUUAAUUAAAAAAGUGUCAAAUCAAACUAACUCCUUUAACAAAGUUACUUCCCAAUCACAGCUUUCCCAAUUAAUCAUAAAUGAUGCAUUUUCUUCUAGCAAGCAAUGUCCCACUGCAAAUAGGCAGACUCCACAAAGUACGUUGCCAUCACCUUUUGUGAAAAAUGUGAUUUCCAGUGCCCCAAGUGAUCAGUCAAUUAAAACACCUAUGACCUUUACAUCCACUCCUUCUUUAACUUCAUUUUCAGAUUCUGUUAAAGAUCAUGCGACUGCUGUGAAACAGAGUGACUGCAUCUCACAUAAUUUGCCUGCCUCAAAUCUGCCAACAAUGUCUACUACAGCCUCUUCAGUUACUGAAAUAGUAUUUACAGUACAGUCAGAAACUUCACCUUCCUUUCACGCAAAUUGCUUCAAUAUCAAACCAAAUACCAGCAUGUUUGGGCCUGUCAAGAAAUUCAAACCCAUCAUUCAGAAGCCAGCACAGAAAGAUGAGUGCUUGCACAGUUCUCUAAUGGAAGCUAUCCAAUCAGGGCAAAAUAAAGAACGGCUUAGAAAGAUUUCUGAUACAGUGAUAAAUGGUAACCUGAAAACAUCUUCAUUCACUGCAACAGAAAAUGAACAUUCUGCACUCUUGGCAUCAAUUAGAGCGCACAGUGGAAUUUCAGAACUGAAAAAGACAACUUCCACAAUAUUGAGAGAACUACAUGAUAUAACAGGAGAAUAUUGUCAAACUAGACAACCAGCUACAGAAUCUUCUAGUAUUCUUCCUCCUGCUCCUCCUCCUGCUCCUCAUCCAGAUUCUCCAAAAACUGGGAAGUUUACGACCAAAACUGUUGCGAAUUUAGAAGAGGCACGAACUGCAUUAUUGGAAGCAAUUCAGUCUGGCACCGGUGUAGCGCGCCUUAGAAAGGUCUCUGUUGCUAGAAAUACAAUGCAAAUCAAUGGAAAGUCAAGAUCUGUUCAAAAAUCAAGCUGCUCGAACCCACACAUUUCUCCAUGAGCAACAAUGGAAAUAAUUGUACAAUGGCCCUAAAUUCUUGUUCAGAACAUUUAUUAUAAGACAGCGCAGAAGAAAUGAAGGAAAAAAGUUUAGUACACAGCUAUACGUGACAGUUCUGCAUAAUGUGGUCCUUUAUUGUGCAAAUGCACAUAUAUUUUAAAGCAGAACUCAUUAAAACUAAGCAUUUAAUUGACCUUUGCUAGCGUAUUGCUAAUACUAUAGAUACAUCCAUUGUUGAGAAGCCCUUGCAAGCAGCAGGGCCUCUUAAUUCAUACAUAGUGAAUAUUUUGCAAUAACUUUUCAACAACUUAAGUGAUCUCAAAGCUUAAGCUCACAAAAUAUUAUUGAACAGUGCUUCAGAACAUAGGUUUGUGCUAACUGUGCUGAAAGCUGUGUUUUUAAAAAAUUCCUGCAUGUAGUCUUGCCAUUGAAUUGAAUUAUUGUUUGGCAUUUAAUUCAAAGUAUUUGCAUUGCCAGUAUUUACUAAGUAUCUAAUGUAAACUAAAAGAAACAUUUUUUUUAAUUUAUAUACUAUUGUGAUCUAACUUUGUAAUUAUCUAGGAUAACAGAUUUUUUAAUUCUUUUGACAAUGAGAAUCAAAACAUGUCCUAUAAAUUUGCAUUGAUGGAGCUAUUUUUCUAUAUAUAGUAUAUAUGAUUGCUUGCUGGCAACUCAAUAAACAAUUGAUAUGAUUUAACAGUUUCUAAAGAGAAAAAGAUGUAGCUGAUUCUGUAUAAUGUUCAUUUAAGUAUUACCAAAUGUAACCUGUGCCAUGGUUAAAAACU